AUGUCGGACAGUGAAGACUAUUCGGAUGAGGAGCUCGAAGCCAUGCAGCAGCACGGCGAGGACGACAGCGACAGCGGCGGCGCGUCGGGCUCCGAAGGCGGCGACGAGGACGGCUCGGACGGCGAGGGCGGCCCCUCCGGCGCGGGCGCCCACGGGCCCGGCGCGCCCGCCAAGCGCAAGCCGAUCUACAACGUGGACGGCCUGCACGAGAAGCUCGAGGACAUAGCCUGGGGCGAGGACGCGCCUUGGGAGGAGGCGCAGGCGGUGACCGCGAAGGAAGCUACCCAGGUCGACAAUAUCGACGACGAUUUGGGCCGGGAGCUGGCCUUCUACAACCAGGCGAUGGGGGCCGCGGCGGAGGCGAUCCGGCGGUUCGAGGCGGCGGGGGUGGCGUGGCACAGGCCGGCGGAUUACUACGCUGAGAUGGUGAAGAGUGAUGAGCACAUGGCCAAGGUGAAGGAUCGGCUCAUGCACGAGCAGCAGCAGAUAGAGGAGGCCGAUGAGAGGCGCAAGGCGCGCGAGCAGAAGGCGUACAGCAAGCAGGUCCAGGCGCAGAAGACGCGGGAGCGGGCCGCGGAGAAGAAGCGGCAGAUCGAGGCAGUGUCGCAGCUGCGGAAGCAGCGGCAGAAGUCGCGUGGAGCACAGUGGGAGGGGGCGGGCCUGCGCCCCGGGCGGGGCGAGGCUUGGUCUGCGUGA